AUGCUUCCGGAGGACGACCCUAAGCUCAUCAAGUUGAUGAUCGAUUAUCUUUACCAACUCGACUAUGAGAUCAAACCCGAAUCGUGCAAUGGAGUCAUCACAAAUGGCGAACCAGAGAUACCCCCGAUUCCUGAAGCUGAUGCGCCAGUCGCACCAGUGAUUGAAAGGUUUGAAGAUAUGGCAGCGCCGCCAUUGAUUGCGGAAGAAGAACUGCGGGAACUAACAAAGCCCAAAAAGACCAAGUCCUCCAGGAAAAAGCGUAGCGCCGCGUCAUAUGAUGGUCUAUCCGUACUCAGAUACCAGCAGGCCUGGAUUGAGGAGAGCGAUUCUAAUAGUUCCAAGAAUUCGGAGCUGAAUGUCCAUGCGCAGAUGUACGCACUAGCUGACAAGUAUGGGAUCCACGACUUGAAGGACCUCGCACGAGAAAAGUUUGCGGCAGUCGCAUCAAAUGAGUGGGAUGGCAAAGGCUUUCCUGUGGCAGUGAACACUGUAUACGCGACGACUCCGGAAAGCGACUACGGGCUGAGGAACGUCGUGGUCGAUACUCUCAGUGAGCACAGAGAACUAUUGAAUAAGCCUGAGAUGGAAGCACUCGUCAAGGAGGUAAAUGGUCUCGCGUUUGGUUUGCUGAAGGCCGCUUGGGGACUUUAUGAGCAUGCUCUGUCAGAAUUCUAA